UUUCACAGACAUCAUUGGCUUCAGUAAUUUUCUCAUCAUUUUUUAUUACUGCAAAAAAUUUGACUUGACUGGGAUGGCCGAACGUAGCGACUAAAAACCUUAAUCCUCGCGGUCGCGGACAGGGCGGGCGGUCAACCCGACGACGUGCUCAACGGGGUCGAUGUUUUAGCGGAAGAUUUUCCCGACACUGCAGAUUCCACUGAACAAUCGGCGCAUUUCUGAUGAUUAAUCGCUAUGGAUCGAUUUUGGAGACUGUUUAAAGGAAAUCAAGCAAUCGAACGAAACGACGGUGAUGAUUUCGAAACCAGGUUUCUUCACUCCAGACAUUGGUAUCUCCAAACCAGAUGUUCGAGAUGGGGUUCUUUACCCCGGGGAUAUCGAAGAACAAAUUCUUGGGGAUAUGGUACACAAGCACGCCGGACGUGGUUGUUUGGGUUGCAAACAGAAACAAUCCCAUCAGAGAUCAAGAAGGGCUCCACUUGGCCAUAGUUGGAAAUGGAAGUCUUGCUAUAAGUCAUGCUCAGGGGAUUAUAUGGUCAACAAGUUCUUUUGGAUUGGUGUCCUUUCCAAUUUUACAGCUCUUGAAUACAGGAAACCUGGUUCUUGUGGAAAAGACAAAUGAGAGGUUUAUACAGUUGUGGCAGAGUUUUGAUUUUCCAACGGACAAUAUGUUGCCAGGACUGAAGAUCGUUUAUGAUCCUGAUGUUGGUAAGGAGAAGAAUUUGACAUCAUGGAGAAGUUUGGAUGAUCCUUCCCCUGGUGAUUUCUGUAUUAAGAUAACCAACCAGGGCUUGCCUGAUUUGGUACUUUUCAAGGGGUCACAGAGAGCAUAUCGAACUGGAGGAUGGAACGGGCAUUGUUUUAGUGGAGCACCACCGUUUCCCAAUCCAGUUUACAAACCGGAACUGGUUUUCGAAGAAGGAAAAUUGAUAACAAUGUCGAUAAUAUAUGAGACUUCAACUUCACAAAGACUGGCAAUGGAUAAUUCAGGUUCAGCCUAUCACUUCCUUCUGAAUUCUGGAAAAAAUAAGUGGAAUCCGACCUAUGUAGCUCCACAAGAUCCAUGUGAUGAAUAUGGGAAGUGUGGUCCUUUCGGGAUAUGCACAUUCGGGGUUUCAAUAAAAUGCAACUGUUUGAUGGGAUACACCCCAAAGUUUCCGAAAGAUUGGGACUUUCAAGAUUGGUCUGGCGGAUGCACUCGAGCAUCACAAUUAGACUGCCAGAUUGAAGAUGAUGAUUUUUUAGAGGUUACAGGAAUAAAGUAUCCUGAUACUUUACAGGUCUGGUUAAACAAGAGCAUGAGCCUUAGCGAGUGCAGAACGACGUGCUUAAGAGAUUGCAGUUGUGUAGCAUAUACAAAUCCAUACACAACUGAUGGAAGCACUGGCUGCUUGAUCUGGUAUGGAGAACUCAUUGAUGCCAGAUACCUUUCUACACCAAAUAACAAGCAAAAAAUCUACAUACGAGUGCAAAAAUCAGAAUUAGAUUCUCUCACUGCCAUACAGAAGGAGGUGAAAGAGAAGAGCAGGCCAAUCAUGUUAAUAUUUAUAGGAAUUGUUUCUGGGGCUAUUGUCUCAUCCUUUAUUAACGUGGGUAUACGAUAUAUGGCAAGACAAAUGAGGGAAGUAGAAAAGGCUGUAGAGGAUGUGGAAUUACCUUUAUAUAAGUUUUCAACGAUAAUGACGGCAACAAACAACUUCUCCACUGAUAAUAUUAUUGGAGAAGGUGGUUUCGGCCAUGUUUAUAAGGGCAAGUUAUCUUCUGAAGUAGAAGUAGCCAUCAAAAGAUUGUCAAGAAAUUCCGAGCAAGGUCUUGCAGAGUUCCAGAAUGAAGUUACCUUGAUUGUUAAACUUCAGCACCGAAACCUUGUUAGGCUUCUCGGCUGUUGCAUCGAAAAAGAUGAAAAGAUACUAAUUUACGAAUUGCUACCAAACAAGAGCUUGAAUACUUUUGUUUUUGAUCCAAAUCGAAAGACACAUUUGACAUGGCCUAAGCGGUUCGACAUUAUCAUGGGAAUUGCAAGGGGAUUGUUAUAUCUCCAUCAUGAUUCUAGAUUAAAAGUUAUACACCGUGAUCUCAAAACAAGCAACAUUUUGCUAGACGAAAAUUUAAAUCCAAAAAUUUCAGACUUUGGCAUGGCAAGGCCUUUCGAAGAAGAUGAAUCUACUGCAAGAACUAGAAAAGUUGCCGGCUCGUACGGCUAUAUGUCUCCAGAAUAUGCAGUUGCUGGAAAAUUCUCCGUGAAGUCCGACAUCUUUAGCCUUGGUGUUAUAUUGCUCGAGACAUUGAGUGGGAGAAAGAACCGCGGCCUUAGAAAUAGCCAUCAGUAUUACAGUCUUUUGGCAUACGCUUGGUUGCUGUGGAAAGACAACAAGACUUUGGAGCUGUUGGAUGAGUGCCUAAAGGACACAAUUAUCGAAUCUCAAGUGAAGCGAUGCAUACAAAUCGGGUUGCUAUGUGUUCAACGAAGCGCAGAAGAUAGACCCGACAUGAUAUCUGUGUACUCCAUGUUGGCUACUGACGAGGGACUGUUGCCUGAACCGAAGGAGCCCGGAUUUUUUGUUGAAGCGGGUUCGGACGUUGUGAGAAGUUACAACUCAACAAGUGGCGAUUGUGAGAAUGGAACUAUGAGCAUGACCGAUCUAGAGGCUAGAUGAAGAGGCCAUUGUUGUUAAGCUUUUCCGCAGGCCUGUAGAUAUAGUGUAGAUUUAGUGCAGUAUACAUGUUCGAACAUAUUUGGGGAUGGUUACUGUGCUGACUGAGGUAAAUCAUCGUAGUUAUGGUUACUGUGUUGAUUUGUUCCGGUCAGCGUACUUGUGUUAUAUAAAAACAAAGUGUAGUUUAUAUUUCUAGGUAUAUGAUAUAUGGUUGUACUUAGUCUUCCUCGUCAGGGAACCUACGACCAAUCGGUUAACAGCCGACUACUCUACCACAGAGCUAUCGAGGAACAACUGGAGAUUUGAUCUCAAAUAGAAUUCAAUUCCCGUUCUCAAAUCAUGACCAAUAUAA